UACAAGCUCACGUUAGCAUCACAACAGCACGUACGUCACUCUCAAUGACAUGUCGCGAGAUUCUGCGGUUGUUUGCUGAGAGUGUCAGCUGACCUAACUGAAAAAAAACUGUUAACGAAACUAUCCAGUAAAGCCAUGUCCCGUAUCGGUGAUCAAUUUAUUGAUCGAUUGCACUGCGUAUGACAAGGUAUAAGGCAUAUGCUGAAGUCAUAUUUUGAAAACAUUUUCACACCAGUUGUUCUCCUGACGACGAGUCUACUGAAUCGGGUCCGACACCAUGCUAGCCACAGUGACUGCUGUGGUUAGGUUUGCUCAAUACAAUGGCAGUAUUUCACCUACACCAUUGGAGAACACAUCUGCAUUCCCAACUUGGCAACCCGAUACUGAAGGCAACAUCUCCAAGCCUCACAAAUGUCUACAAUUUCUGUACGAGGACGUUGGAGACUCCAGGGUGCGGUUCUGGGACAUUUUACUGCUAGUGCCUAAUGUGGCCUUCUUUGUAUUCCUGAUGUGGAAGCUGCCCUCAGCCAGGGCAAAGAUUCGACUCACCUCCAGCCCUAUCUUCGUCACAUUUUACUUACUGGUUUUUGUUGUAGCGGCGGUUGGAAUCACCCGUGCCGUAGUGUCCAUGACUGUCAGUGCGUCCAGUGCUGCCACCAUCAUAGACAAAGUGCUGUGGGAAAUCACCCGUUUCUUCCUGCUGGCUAUUGAGCUCAGUGUUGUCAUCUUGGGACUUGCUUUCGGUCACCUGGAGAGCAAGUCCAGUAUAAAGCGAGUGCUGGCGAUAACAGCUGUGCUUGCUCUUGGGUACUCCAUUACACAGGGCACAUUGGAGAUCCUGUAUCCAGACAGUCACCUCUCUGCUGAGGACUUCAACAUCUACGGUCACGGAGGACGCCACUUCUGGUUGGUCAGCUCCUGCUUCUUUUUCCUGGUGUACUCUUUGAUUGUGAUCUUGCCUAAAACUCCAGUGAGGGAGAGGAUAUCUCUUCCAUCUAAGAGAAGUUUCUAUGUGUACGCUGGCAUCCUGUCUUUACUGAACCUCGUCCAGGGCCUGGGCAGUGCUCUGCUUUGUGCUGGAAUCAUAGAGGGACUCUGCUGUGUGGAUGUCACCACCUUCCUGUACUUCUCCGCCUUUGCGCCGCUCAUUUAUGUCACAUUCCUCAAGGGCUUCUUCGGGUCAGAGCCAAAGAUCCUGUUCUCCUACAAGUCACAGAUGGAUGAGCCAGAUGAAAGUGACGUCCACCUUCCUCCGACCGUCGCUACAUCUAUUGGGCGAAAGGAGAUGACCGACCAGGGCCUGUUCUACUCCUCCACCCAGAUCGAUGGCUCUGGUCCCGGCAGCUCUCGCAUGGUUGGAGCAUACCUGGAUGAUGUCGCCUCCGGACCUUACGGGUCCAGCAGCAUUAACAGCCUUGAAGCCGACCGCUGGAGACCUAUCAACGUGUGAAUGAAUGAAGAGGAGUCUUGCGGUUAAACAGCUGGAACUAAAUAUUGUGUGUGUAGUGUGUAAUGCAAGAUGGCCAAAAAAAAAGCUGAACAAAGAAGUUGGAUCACAAGAACAAGUUUUCUUGGCCUUGCUUUGACGCCCGCUAAGUUAACAAGUGGACACUUAAGGAAAAACCUUUGCUAGCCAAUUAUCUGGAAGACUGUGAAUUAAGCAAAUGCUUUUGUAACACUGUUGCCAGAGUGCACUGCUGCUGUAGUUCCACACUAGGAGCUUCCCCUGAUUGUGGCCCCUGGACAGACUCUGUUUUGAUUCUGCUUUGCGUGCUUUUAAAUGUGGGAGCUUACUGACUCGAAUCAGCACAUUUACCGUCAUUCCUGCAUCAUGCAUCAACAGCUCAAGGCUUAAUAAUUAAGUUUCAACCCCAUUAUAAAUACCCUCUUCUUUAAAUCUACAUUCCUACUUAGAAUAUAAGAGUAUCUCUUUGUUAUUGGCUGCCUUGUAUUAGAUUUGUGACUCAAGUUGGAUAAUGAUUUUUUUUACAGAAUCAAUCUGCCUCUCCACACAGGAUAAGGACUCGUGGUACUUCAUUUAGUUAGGUGUACUUUGUCUUCCGAGAUAGGCGCUAUCCCUUCUGUGAACAAGUGAAAGGUGUUAAUGGAUGUGGGUCACUGCAAUAUGAUAAGAAAAGCAGUAGCUCUUAAAUACAGGCAAUGCAUUAACACUAAAGAUCACAAAUCACCUGUAACUCUGCCAGGAUUGGCUGUGACACGAGAGCAAAUUGUGUCCUAGCUAUAAACUCUCUAAUUGUCAUUGCAUUCCUCUUUUAUUUAUGCUGGGACUUUGCUUUAAUUUCUUACCACAUAUUUUUCAUUCCUGCUACUGAAAACACAUGUUUGAGCAUCAUAGUCAUUAAGAGUGUGUUAAGUGUGAUUCAAACAAAAAAUGUGCUGAAAUCUUUGUGUAUUCCAAGUUAGACAUGCCCUCAUUCCGUAUCAACAUAUCUCUUUCAGCUCUGCUUGUUGCAAAGGGUUACUGUUUAGUAAUGUUUAUUUGUCUGCCAAUAUCUUUUCCUUCUGUUUCUGGUGUUCUCACAAAUGUAAUAACAAAUGUUCAAAUUAGACCAAAAAAUGAUAUGUGGAUGUCUAUGCAGUGUAUUAAAAAAAAUAUAUAUAUUAACCCUUAAGUCCCCCUGAGCUAGAGAGGCUUAAGCGAUGGGUCAAAUCACAUUUACUUAUUCCUAUCAAGAAAUAUGAUGUAUGUGAGUUGGUAUAAAUAGAUUUAAGCUUGCAGUAUUCAAAUAGUGGUUAACUGUAUGCAGAAAAUAGACAUUUAUUUUUUCAGCAUUUUAAAGCAACAACACUUUAAAGAAGUUGUUUAUUUCAAGAAAUUACAGUAUUGGCCUGACUCUAGAAAUAUUAUAUAUUCAAAUUUGAGUGCCAGUGAUACAUUCUGUACAGCUUGAAGUCAGGAUCGUGAAUGGGAAAUUAGAUUGCUAAGUCAUGACAUGAGUUCACAAGGUGCAUUCUUAAGAAAGUCCUCUCUCCUUGUCUUAGAUUUUGAAAUAAUUUUGCAAAUGAUCUGUAAAUUGCCUUUUUAUUUAAGUGCAUUGAUUGUAUAAUAUUUAGCCCAUAUUAUUGCAAUGUAUUGAGCAUUCCGUGACAAACAAAAUAAACCAUGGACUCUU